AUGCGCCCAGGAACUCCCGAAUGCCGCGCAUGCACCCAGGAACUCCUGAAUGCCGCGCAUGCGCUCAGGAACUUCCCGAACGCCGCGCAUGCGCCCAGGGAACUCACGCAUGCCAUACAGAUGCCCUGGAACCCACGAACGCCGUUUGGAGAUUACAGAACGCCGUGGGGGAACCCUGUGGACUCUGCAGGAAGCCAGAAAGAUGAGAA